AAACGAGUAGUAUAAAGAGACUACUACACCUUUGGUUUGGUUUCUCCGGCGGCAAUGUUUCCUAAGCAAUAAUAUACAAAAUUUAAGGGAAAAAGAGGAAAUUUUUAUCUUCUUCAAUUUCCGACAAGAUUUAUAGGGUUUUAGCUUAACUACGAUGCAAAGAUGCUUCAUUUCUAGUGUUUCUGUUUUUUAGGGUUGGGCUUUGAUUUUAUGUCUGGGUUUUGGUUGAUUGAUUCCAUGGCUGACUGGCAACAGCUUUUGCAAUCGAUUAUCUUAGGUCUUAUAUUCUCUUAUCUUCUAGCCAAGCUAAUCUCCUUAGUCGUUUCUUUCAAAGACGAUAACCUUUCGAUAACCCGAGCCCGAAGCAGCAAUGUCCAGGGCUACGAGAAAAUCGACGAUUCGGGUUCUGGAUCCGACCCGAUUGGAAGUACUGAGCACUUGGGUCUGCACAAGUCGGAUUCGGUAGUUGCCGAAUUGGGAAGUAUUAGGGCCGAGAGUGAUGGCGAUGGUGAUGGCGUGGAUGAUGAUGACGACGAUUGGGAAGGGGUGGAGUGUACGGAACUGGAUGAUGCGUUCAGUGCGGCAACGGCGUUCGUGGCGGCUGCCGCGGCUGAUCGGUUGUCGCAGAAGGUUCCGAACGAGGUGCAGUUGCAGCUUUACGGUUUGUACAAGGUUGCCACCGAAGGGCCUUGCACUGCUCCCCAGCCUUCCGCUUUGAAAAUGACGGCUCGUGCUAAGUGGCAAGCAUGGCACAAAUUGGGUGCUAUGCCUCCAGAGGAUGCAAUGCAGAAAUACAUUGAUGUUGUGACAGAGCUAUAUCCAUCUUGGGCUGCUGGUUCAGCUAUGGGCAAAGGUGGGGCUGAUAAUGCUUCAAGUAAAGAUGUCAAAGGACCAAUGGGACCGGUUUUCAGCUCUUUUGUGUAUGAAGAGGAAUCUGAAAAUGAUUUGAAAAUGGAUGCUAUCCACACUUUUGCCAGAGAAGGAGAACUGGAUAAUUUGCUUAAAUGCAUUGAAAGUGGUGUUUCUGUGCAUUUGCAAGACAGUGAAGGCAGGACCCCGAUGCAUUGGGCUGUAGAUCGUGGCCAUCUUAAAAUUGCCGAAGCACUUCUUAGCAGGAAUGCUGAUGUGAAUGCUAAGGACAAUGAAGGUCAAACCCCAUUGCACUAUGCUGUUAUGUGUGAGAGGGAAGACAUUGCCAAAUUUCUUGUAAAACAAAAUGCAGACAAAGAUACGAAGGAUAACGACGGCAACUCUCCAGUCGACCUAUGUGACUCAGAUUGGCCUUGGUUGCAACGUGCAGGCAAAGCGGAAUGACCUGUGUUUUAUUCCCAAGUUUGGUUUCAGUUAAAAAGUACUUGAAAAAAUUUCUCAUGGAUGUAUAUGGGUAUAAGUAACCUUUUGCACUUCUUUCCUUAGUUAUAUGCUAAUGUGGGGUACUCUGAUGUUCAUUGGCCUCACCUCCUUAA